AUGCUCGUUGACUCGGAAGACCUCCUGAACGAUGGUGACGCUGAGAAAGAUGAUGUCGAUGUGGCUAUCAUCAACCCUGACGAGGCUCCCCUCCGAGGCGAUGACUGUAGCUUACUGAUAGCUUCUGCAGUUGAAGCGAUCAAAGAACUGGUCCUUACUCCCCUCGCAGAGCAGCCGCCAAUAUUAGAGGAUGUCAUAAAUACUUGGAACAUAACAGGCUGGGAUCGGAUGCGCCGCAGAGAGGAAGGUCCUAUCUUUGAAGCUGGAGGACACCCAUGGCGCGUGCUGAUGUUCCCAAAUGGUAACAAUGUCGAUUAUGCUUCUUUCUACCUCGAGCAUGGCUAUGGUGAUGGGCCACAAUUACCAGAAGACUUCGCAUGUUGCGUACAGUUUGGUUUAGUUCUCUGGCACCCUGAUCAUCCUGAGAUUUUCCAGCAUCAUACAGCACACCACCGCUUUACAAAGGAAGAGGGAGACUGGGGCUUUACGCGCUUCGUAGAGCUCCGGAAGCUAUGGACCGUACCGUGGGAUGAGUCUGGACACUGCAUUGCGGAAGGCCAGAAGGCCAACAUGACUGCCUAUGUCAGGAUUGUGAAAGACGAGACUGGAGUAUUAUGGCAUAACUUCACCAAUUACGACUCGAAGAAGGAGACCGGAUAUGUCGGACUGAAGAACCAAGGAGCAACCUGCUACUUGAAUUCCCUUAUACAGUCGCUCUACUUCACCAAUGCCUUCCGAAAAGCUGUGUAUCAAAUUCCGACCCAAGACGAGGAAACUCUUACAAACAGUGCAUACACUCUCCAACGCCUCUUCUAUCAACUUCAAACCUCCAACAAUGCGGUUAGCACGAACGAGCUUACCAAGUCUUUUGGCUGGGAAACGAGACAUAUUUUCGAACAACAAGAUGUUCAGGAGUUAUCUCGAAAGCUUAUGGAGCGAAUGGAAGAAAAGAUGAAAGGCACAGAUGCAGAAAACGUUCUUCCCAAUCUGUUCUGCGGAAAGGUUCGGACUUAUAUUUCAUGCAUAAAUGUUGCAUACGAGUCUCGACGUGUUGAGGACUUCUGGGAUAUCCAGUUGAACGUCAGUGGGAACAAGAAUUUGGAAGAGAGUUUCAAAGAUUACGUCCAGGUCGAAGUUAUGAACGGCGAAAACCAGUACUUUGCUGGGGACGAUUUCAAGCUCCAGGAUGCCAACAAAGGAGUUAUCUUCGAAAGCUUUCCCGAAGUGCUGCAUCUCCAGCUCAAGCGCUUCCAAUAUGACAUUGACCGCGACGCGAUGAUGAAGAUUAACGACCGUUACGAAUUUCCUGAUACUUUCGAUGCUGCCCCAUAUCUAACGGAAAAGGCAGACAGAUCGGAGCCUUGGAUUUAUCAGUUGCAUGGCGUUUUGGUGCAUAGUGGAGACUUAAACGCUGGUCACUAUUAUGCAUUUAUCAAACCAUCGAAAGAUGGAUGGUUCUACAAGUAUGAUGACGACAAAGUUACGAAAGCAACGAUGCGAGAAGUGUUGGAGGACAACUUCGGUGGCGAAUACUUGCUCCCUAAUGGCAGUGUAGCUUUCCGUGGCAAGAGCAAGCCAAUAAUGCGACAGAAUAGUGCCUACAUGUUGGUAUACAUUCGUCAAACUCGAUUAGAUCGUGUUCUGCUACCGGUCACUAAAGAAGAUACUCCACCACAUCUCCAACGAAAACUCGACGAGGAAGCUGCGCAAAGAGAAGCACGCAAGAAGGAACGCGAAGAACAACAUCUGUACCUUGGCAUUCGGGUCAUUACCAAUGAUACUUUCAGGGCACACGGAGGAACGGAUCUGACGAUUUUCGAUCCAAAUGCAGAAGGGAAUGCUGCGGCUGCGCGAUACUACCGAGUCCUCAAGAAAUCUUCAGUCAAAGAUCUGAUUGCACGAGUAGGAGAAGACACAAACACCGAUCCCAGACGCAUACGGCUGUGGCUUAUGGUUAAUCGACAAAACAAGACGACUAGGCCUGAUACUCCCGUCACUGACAACAACGUGAGUGUAGAAGAUGCCCACCAGAAGUUGACAGGGAGCAAGGGAGCAGAUCUGCGGUUGUGGGCAGAAGUUGCAGACGAAGUGACUGCUGACGGCGAGCCAAUCUGGCCUGCAACCCCUGGUCAAGUCAAUGGCACUGCUCCCAAAUCAGAUGCCAUUGUGCUCUUCCUCAAGAGAUUCGACUACGAGGAGCAAACCUUGAAUGGAGUCGGACACAUCUACAUCAGUAGGGAGAAAAAGGUCGAAGACUUAGUACCAGCGAUACUCAAGAAGCUUGGUCUGCAAGAGAACAAUGGAGAAAAGAUACGAUUGGGACUCUGGGAAGAGAUCAAGCCGAAUAUGAUUGAGCCAAUGAAGGGCAAGCAGUCAUUAAAAGCUGCCGAACUUCAAGACGGCGACAUCAUCUGCUUCCAAGUAAUGCCCUCCGAUAUCAAGUCGGAAAGCGACACGUCAGUCACCAAGUCCUUCAUCGAAGUUACAAUCAAUGCUGACGACGACUCAAGACGAUCUAUCAAGUCUGAAUCCUUCAAAUCAGAGAGGAGCCCGUCACUAAAACCUAGCACUGAUAGAAUGGAAGACGCAAAAGCCUUCUACGACUUCCUUCUGCACAAGAGAGAGGUCAAAUUCUACCCUCAUCCUCACAGAAACGCAGAUCCUACUCAAUGGCCACCAUUCAUGCUCAUAUUAAAUUCCAAGCAUACCUACGAUCAGCUUGCUGCAAGGGUUGGUGAGUAUCUGAGGGUAGACCCGACUCACAUCAGGUUCUGGACUUGUAACGCAACGACUGGCAAUGCCAAAGCGUCUGUCAAGAGAGGUCAAAGCCAAAGUCUGUCAACAAUUCUCAACCCUCCUUACAGUACCUUCAGCAACAACAACCAACGGCCUGAUGCUUUGUUCUUCGAAGUGUUAGACAUCAGCUUGUCUGAACUUGACACGAAGAAAGGGUUGAAGGUCUCUUGGCUCAGCGAAGGCGUCUCCAAAUAUGAUUCGUAUGAUGUUCUUGUGCCAAAGAAUGGGACUGUUGAAGACCUGAUCCAAGGGCUCAUCAAGAAGGCACAACUCGAGGACGAGGCCAAGGCAGGGCCGAUCCGUGUUUACGAAAUACACAGUGGCAAGAUACACAAAGACCUUCCUCGCGAUCACCAAGUUGUCAGCAUUACAGAUUACAUAAGUCUUAUCGCUGAACGCGUGCCUGAGGACGAGGAUAGUUAUCCUGAGGAUUGGAGAGGUAUCCAAGCCUACCAUUUCGACAAAGAGGCUAGCAAGGCUCAUGGCAUUCCAUUCCACUUCCAGAUCGUUAAGGAUGAGCCGUUUGCAGAAACGAAGAAGCGGCUUGAGAAACGAACUGGAAUCAAGGGAAAGAACUUUGAGAAGAUCAAGUUUGCCAUCAUCAAGCGAACGACAUACUCUACGAAACCCUUGUAUCUUGCAGACGAUGCUGUUCUAUUCGACUUGAUGAAUGAGGACGAUUUACUUGGUUUGGACCACACCGAUCGAACGCGGUCGAUACGAAAUGGCGCUGGAGACCUGUUCUUGAAGUAG